GUCAUUCUCUCAAGCAUUCCAAUGGCUUCUAUCUAUUUCCCUUCUGCCUUGUACACCAAAUAUAAAAUCUCAAAAUCCCCCAAGCUCAUAUCUCAAGCAAGAUUUUCAUGCGAUCCUUCUAAGAGGCUGCAAAAAUAUACCACCAAAACAGCUUGUGUUAAUAAUGGUGAUUCUAAGGUUAAGUCACCCUUUCUGAACCAAUCACUGAUUCUAAACAACUUCUAUCCAAAGCGCAAAGGCUCAUUGCUGGCGCCGGUGCAUGCUGAGAGUUCAGGAUCAGGAGAAGAAGAUCGUCGAGCGUUGGAUGCCGUUCUCAAGCUUUACACUGCGAUCAAGAACCGAAACACCCACGAAUUAUCUGAUAUAAUUUCUGAUGAAUGUAGAUGUGUCUGCAAUUUUUUCUCAUGUUUCCAACCUUUACAUGGGAAAAAGCAAGUUCUGGGAUUUUUCACCCAUCUGAUGGAAUGGCUGGGACAGCACGUUGAAUUUGUAGUACAACCUACACUGCAUGAUGGAUUGAACGUUGGUGUUCAUUGGAAACUAGAAUGGAGUAAAACACACAUGCCUCUAGGGAAGGGUUUCAGCUUCUAUAUCUUGCAAAACUACCAGGGAAGGCUACUUGUAAGGAAUGUGGAAAUGUUCAUGGAGCCCCUCCUUCAUAUUGAACCCCUAAGACUGAAAAUAAUGUCCCAUCUGAUGAAUGUAAUGAGUAUCUUUCCACGACCGAAGGGUAGAAUGAAGAAGAAGGCUUCACAAAUCCUGCUAGCUCUGUUGUUCAUGGCUGUCAUGGGGCUCUUUACAAUAUUCUGGUUGUAUUAAACAACAGUUCCAAGGUCUAGACCAGAUCAUGCUUCGAUAAAGUUCGAGCACUUGAUUGUACCCUGAUGAGGUAGGGUCUUAUUCAGAAGAAAAACAUAAAAAUACUCACUCUGUACGCUGUGUAUUCCAUUUAGACUCAUUUGCUGUAACUUGACAGGGCAAAUAAAACCUACGAACAAUGUUUUGAAAUGCGUUUUGAUGCGAAAUGGACUCAAAAUGAACAAAAGCGUAUGUAUAAUAUGAU